ACAAGUCAUCAAAUCCCCUCCACCGACUCCACGCAUAAAACUUAAAAUUAUCGUUAUUUUGAGGUUAUGUUUUCACAGCCGAACAGCCGAUGUUUAUAUAUUUUCAGCAUUCGUAGAAUCGUAGAUAUCUUUCACUUUUCCAGUUUACGUUUCCAGUAGUCAGUGGUUGUGGGACUGGCAGGGAUGUGGAGUUACAUGACUUCUUUCUUUUGGCCAUCACAAAAAGAUGACAACUUGUCCUUAUACGAAGCUUGUACUAUCUUGGAAACGUCAUUUGAAGAACCCCAAAAAUUACAAACUAAAACCAAAACCAAGGAAGAUGUUCCUCAUAAUGCGUUCUGCCAACAAACUGGUACAAUAUCUGAAGAAACAGAUUCAAAAUACAUAAUUGAUAACAAGUUCCCAUAUGAGAAAGAUGGUAAAGUUUUUCCUGUUGGAACAAAUGUGACCUAUAGCUACUUCAUGGACAAUGGUAAGGCUAUCGUAGUAGAUGUAGACUUUGUAGAUGGAGAGUGGGAUGAACAACUUACUCAGAAUGGCACCUGGACGACAAGAAUACUUGUCUGCAAGGUACAACAACGGAAAGAGCGUAAGCUAUUUCUCAAUCCUGGAGACUUAGAAAUAGAUCUAGACAAUGUUUGCAUGGAGUUCAUCCCUAUGGUGGGAGACUGGAUAGAAUUAGAAGUCAAAUGCUCUGUUGAUGAACACGCUAUUGAUUUGUUUGGCAAGGUUCUUGAAAUCAAUAAGAUAAUGCCAUUGAGGUCACAUAUGGUGAUUGGUAAGAUAAGUACAUGGAAUUCAGAACAGGAAUAUGGAACUAUUAACAAAAAUAUUUAUUUUGACAAAAAAUCAUUGGUAGGUGGAUAUGUCCCAGUAGCAGGGGAUAAAGUCAUAACACAGGUUAUUGAGAGUGAGCAGGGUAGAUGUGUGUGGAGGGCAGUGAAGGUAGUGCCUGAAUUUAUUACAAAACAAAAUGGCCCUUCAACAAAAGAUAUUCAACUUUGUAACUUUGAGGACUCCUAUCCUGAAUUAAAAAUAGAUUAUACAAAACUAAACUUUGAGAGGAUCAAUAUUAUUCAGAAGUUUGAAGUUAUGAUAUACUGUGGAUCUGAAAAGCAAUUUGAAUUAGUGAAAGUAGAGUUUCCAAAUGAAAAUACCCAGUGUAAAAUUAUUGAAAAACUAGAUCAUGUUCUAAUAUCAGAAACUGAGCCAUGCAAGAUUCAAUGCGAGUGUAUUCCAAGGACUAUGGGUGCAAGUAAGGAAUUUCUCCUACUUACUUUCAAGGAUUUUAGCAUUGGAAAAUGGCUAGAUAUUAAUGUGACUAUACAAACUUUUAAUUCUAACAUCAGAUUCCAGCCAAGAAAUAGAAAAUUGAAUGAUACUUCUAAUGAACAAACUGUUGUGAAAGGGCAGACUGUGUUCAAGGGAUCACGUUUCAAGAAUAUACGAUUGCCAGACUAUACUGUUCCUAAGAAACUUCUUAGUAUAGUUGCCAGAUGUGAACAAAAAGAUUUAGAAUUGCUUAUCCAGGAGUUGAAGAUUGUUAAGCCAUCUCUCCAUUCAAACCUUUCACAUACCAACUAUGAGGAUAAGUUUCAUACAUUGCUGCAUAUUGAUGAAAUUGAAGCCCUCUUAGCUAUGCAGAGAUAUGAUCAAGAAAGGGCAUGUUUUAUCCAAAAUGGAGAAAUUUUGAUGUUGGAAAUUGAGAAUCUUUCAGAAAGGCGUCCCUCAAUACUUGUUGGUGAUAAAGUAAUAGCCACUGAUCCUCUAAAAAGGUUUACAGUUGCAUUUGAAGGUUUUGUGCACAAAGUAACUGCAAAGCAUUUACACAUCAAGUUUUCACUUUUGUUCCAUGACAAGUACAAUGGAGAGGACUAUUCAAUCCGGAUUGUGGCUGGUAGAGCUAGUUAUAAACGGCUUCAUCAUGCAGUCUACUUAGCUGUGAGGAACUUGGGACCAGAUAUUUUGUUUCCAAUGCGUAUGUAUGAGAAGGAGCCACAGGUGAAGUUUGAGCACAACUUGAGCAAGAAUAACAAUAAUACUCCAAAUAAUAGGCUAAAACACCUUCAAGCUAAAAUAGAAGAAAUCAAAAGUAGGAAGAGCAGUGAACUUACUGCCACAGAAUUCAAAUUAGAGUGGUACAAUACACAGCUUAAUGAAAUUCAGAAGAAUACUGUAAUUAAUAUACUUUUAGGGAAAGCUCGGCCUCUUCCCUAUAUAAUAUUUGGACCACCAGGAACCGGAAAAACAGUAACAAUUAUAGAAACCAUACUUCAAAUAUUGAGGUUACUACCUAAAUCUAGGAUUCUAGUUGCUGCACCUUCAAAUAGUGCAGUGGAUUUGAUAGCUUUGAGACUGGUUGAUUCUGGUGUAUUAAAACCAGGGGAUCUCGUGAGGUUGGUUUCAGUAAAUUAUGCUCUGAGUGAUUUGAUCCCUCCAAGGCUAGUGCCAUUCUGUAUCGUCGGUAGUGGAUCCAAAGAAGGCACUGAGCAGUACGGUGUACAGAACGGAAUUCAGAUAGGUGGCCACCAAAACUUAAUGGGCAGAAAUAGGAUCACAAUUUCAACAUGUUCCAGUGUGGGUCAGCUAUUUACCAUGGGAUUUCCAAAAGGACAUUUUACUCAUAUUGUGGUUGACGAGGCAGCCCAAGCUAGUGAACCAGAUGUCAUGAUUCCAUUAUCAUUUCUGGAUAAGAAUGAUGGACAAGCUAUUUUAGCAGGUGAUCCUAUGCAGUUGGGUCCCGUCAUACUGAGCCAAGUAUCAGUACAAUUCGGUUUGGCAGAAUCUUAUCUGGAAAGGCUAAUCAACAGAUUUCCUUAUAUUAAGGAUUUGCAUAGUUUUCCAGAUACAUGUGGUUAUGAUCCCAGGCUUGCAACAAAGCUGCUGUACAAUUACAGAGCUUUACCUUCUAUUUUGAACAUGUACAGCUCUUUGUUUUAUGAUGGUCAACUUAUCCCUACAGUGAUCCAAUGGGCCGAGAGAGUCGAGUUCUUCGUCUUGUCGCACCCGCAGUUUGUCUGCACGUAGUGACCCACGUAACAAUUGAUUUCUGGUCCAGGACAGGGGCCAAAGGGGCUGAAAGCAAUUCCGAAAGGCGCGUUGAGUUGCGAUCACAGAACAUCCGCUCGAAAAGUAGGCCUCAACGGCAAGAGCACGCUCUUCACUGUUCCAACGCAUGAUGGCGACUGAACUGUACCGGGACACAACUUUAUAAGCUUGUCUAUGGACUGGAUGGCACGAAUUUUAAAAAAGGAACUUAUGCUGCAACACCAUGUAGAUACAGAUUAUUCUAGUUACCAAAGAAGAGGUUUUUGAAUAGUGUUUGAAUUGAUGAAGAAAAAAGUAAAGAAGCCAUGUUGCUGGAUAGUCUAAGAAGUAUCCUGCCGAAAAUGAGUUCUGAAGGAGUACCUGCAGUCAUAUUCCAUGGUGUAAAUGGCGAAAAUUAUCAAGGUGUUGAUUCACCUUCUUGGUAUAAUCCAUAUGAAGCUGCUCAAAUUUUCUAUUAUGUGAAUGAGCUCUAUAGAAUGGGAGUCAAGUCAACUAGUAUUGGAAUCAUUACUCCAUAUUUAAAACAGGUCCAAGAAAUACGCUCUCUGAUGGUAGAAGCUGAGUUUCUGAUACCAAAAGUCGGUAGCGUAGAAGAAUUUCAAGGUCAGGAAUAUGACGUGAUCCUCCUUUCAACAGUAAGGUCCAGCCCGGAAUAUAUCACUUUCGACAUGAUCCACAAGUUGGGAUUCAUGGUGAAUCCCAAGAGGCUGAACGUGGCCAUAUCCAGGGCAAAGUCUGUGCUGGUGAUAGUUGGUAACCCGAAUUUGUUAAGUCAGGAUAUAUAUUGGAGAUCGGUGAUCCAGUAUUGCAUGCAGAAGGGAUGCUAUAUUGGCUGUGAUUUCAGCAAUUGACACUAAAUUACGCUUGUUUUUAUAUUAUGUGUUGUUGGAAAAUAAGCCCUCAAGUGAAAUCUGACCUUAAAAUAGGAUAUUUUAAAUGUUGUCAAAAAUAGAAAUCUGAUGUUUCCGCUAGUAUCAUAAGCAAAAUAAGCACUUUUCAGGUUAAUGUAUAGAGAUGCGUUGAACUGCGAAGUGAUUGUGAAGUUGUUUUAAAUGUUGAUAUGAUGAUCUUUGUUUUAUACUUUUUAUAAAUUCUUGUAAGUUCAAUAAAAAGUGUAUAUAAAUAUAUUUCUUGUGAA